UUUAAUAACUAAAUGAACAUAAUUACUUGCAUUUUAAAUAUUAAAUAAUGCUGUACUCUAAUAAUUGUAUAAUUUUUAAAGAUUCUAUUUACAUUGACACUGAACUUGGCAUGCGAAGAAGGGCAACAAUUCUGUCUGGUUGUAGUCAAAGCCAGAGCACCCACCAAUCUGCUGGAAAAGGCCACCCACACCCUUCUCACAGCCCACCUAGAGGAGUAUCCUUAUGUCAUCACAAGCUCAGUAGUGCUCAUACAACAAUAAAGAAGUCUGUCCUCCCUGGUACUGUACAUCACUGUUUUAGACUUUAAAUCUCUGUACGACUUCAUCAAAGCUCCUCCAUGUUUUUGUGUGCUCUGAGACAUGUUUCAUAUUGUCAGUGAUGACAUUCUCCAUCAGCAGGUUCUAGAGAUGGCCUACUUAAUUUGUUAUAGUUUGGUUUUUCAAUUUAACAGGAUAAUCUAUUGUUAAGAAAAGUGGAUCCAAUGGGUAGCCUGAUAUCCAGAGACCUAUGUGAGACGAUGGUCCAACAGUUAGAUAGCAAAGACCUCUUGCAUUUCCUCCCAAACAUUCUUUUAUACAGGAGGUACAUCAGUGACAUUAUUUUCUGGAAGAUAGUUCCGGAUUUAAUGACCUUUUUCAGUUUGAUCAGUAACAAUCCUGACAGGUUGUUCCUGGAAGUGGACCAAUCUAGCCCCUCAGAGGUGCACUUUUCAGACAGCAAUAUCACUGCUAAUGGGUUGGAGAUUUGCAGCUCGGUAUUUUGCAAGCCAGGUUCAAUGUCUUCUUACAUCCUGGCUGGAUUGUGUGAUCUUCAUUGUUAUCAGAUCACAACCUACAAAGCAUUAGUUAGGAAGUUUUCACCCAUUCUUCUACCCUAAGCUCUUGGCACUGAGUUAGUGUUAAUAGAACAGUUAUCCAUUGACCAUGGUUGCCAAAAAGUUGUACAUUGGCUGAUUGAUCUAUACCCCUGGACUCACCUGGGAUUCAUAUCCUGGGUCUACAUGUCUGUAACUGACCAAGCUGUGGAGGUGGAAAGGUCUGUUACUUUCAACCCCUACUUAAGAUCAUUGUAUGCAAAAAUUGUUAAGAAGCAUGCUGUUUGUAUAGCUUCAGGAGGCAUUUGUUUAUUUUCACCAUUCUUAAUAGAAAGGACUUUACCAGACUACCAGGUAUAUAGUUUCCCUAUCAAGAACACCAGAUGCAAUAGGGCCCUUCUGUACAUCGGAUCCACUAAACAUUCUAUGAGAACCAGAAUGCAAGAACAUAUCUUGGACAUGCAACAUACGAGAACUUCCACAGCUCUCUCUACCUAUACAGCAGAUCUGGAAAUCAUGGUGGACUUCAUGUGUCCUCAACAUCCCACACGGAACACCUCAGAUGGUUGGAGGCCAUUGAAAUCUUUAAAGCUAACUUUGCGUCAUCUUAAGGAGGCCUGGCAAGCUCUAUUUGACCAUGAAGGACGAUACAUUCAUCCAAAUAUGCGGGCUGGUCGUGGUAAUCAACCAAAUGAAAUAAAUCCUGCUGCACCCACUCAUAAUCAGUGGAACACUCCAUGUGGAAAUAAUCAAUAUUCACCAGAACAACCAAAAACAACAGUUGAUUGCAAUGAAUGGGAAAAAGAUCAUAUUAAAGAGUGGGAUAAAAAAGAUUGCUAUUGCAGAAACAAUAGAAGUAAUGACAAAACUGGAAAAGUCAAUUUUACAAAUUUUGGAAAUCGCAAUAGGAAAGGGAAUACUGAUGCAAUUCGUACAAACACAUACCCUGUCAGGAAAGCUGAUAAGUAAGUAAAAUUAGUUAUAGUUAAGAAAAUUUAGUGAAGUUUAAUGACAAUUAAAGAAUUAGUAAAUUUUAAAAAAUUUUUAAAUAAUUAUUAUAAUAGUUUAUAAAAUUAUUUUAUUUAACUAUAUAUAUAUCAC